CGGAGUGAUUUGCAGUGAAAAUCCGUAAUUCCUCACAAUACUUCGACUCUUGGAUUUACUUAAACCAGAUUUGUCAAUUGACGACAGACAGAUUGCAUGUUCGCCCUAUUUUCUACGUGUUUGUUUGAUUGAAAUGUUUAGUUGUUAGUUAUUGUCUUGGGAAUUGUAUAAAACCGUAGUAACUAUGGCUGGUGUUACAGUGGAGGAUUAGUGUCCGGAUUAUAUUUCAGCAGCAGCCGAAUCCUCUAGCAAUUGUGUUCAUUUGCUGUUUGUUUAUUUGGCCAGUUCUUCUGUUUUCGUUAUCAUUUGAAAAGGAACCCAUUUUAAAUACAUAUGAAAUAGCAUUUAAUGUGGAGUAAAUUAACUUUAGUAAGACAUAAUGGUAAGAGUGAAAAAAAAUGUUUAUGAUGAAAAUAAUGCAUUAAUUCACAGUCUCUAAGAGUAGCCUAACAUAGUAACCAUUCAUGCAACACAGUUUUUAAAAGCAAAAAUGAUGAAUAGACCUGAGGUGUGUAGUGUCGUGUCCUUGCUGGGGUUUUUUCAAAACGCUAUGUGCACAUCUGCUGUAGAAUGCGGGAAUUAAUUUUAAAAUCGAUAGCCUAGACUAAAGGAAAAUGUCAUCUGUUAGAAUUUUUCUAAUUUUAUCAGUGAGUUUUCCAUAAACUUUGCAUAUGCAUGUCUGCAGUCCCUGUUGUCGUGUAGCCUACUUAAGAGUGGAAUAAUUCACAAAAGAAACAAGUUGUCAAAUAUAAUGGCGGAUCGGACUGCUCCGCGUUGCCAAUUGAGAUUAGAAUGGAUCUACGGGUACAGAGGGCAUCAAUGCCGAAACAACCUGUACUACACCGCUGGGAAAGAAGUGGUCUAUUUCGUGGCUGGAGUCGGCGUGGUUUACAAUGCCAGAGAACACACUCAGAAGUUUUACCUGGGUCACAACGAUGACAUUAUAAGCCUUGCCCUUCAUCCUGAGAGGUCACUGGUGGCAACAGGUCAGGUGGGGAAGGAGCCCUACAUCUGUGUGUGGGACACCUUCAGUGCACAGACCAUCUCUAUCCUCAAGGACGGACACUCCCAUGGGGUGGCCUGCCUGGCUUUCAGCGCAGAUGGACAGCGGCUGGCUUCUGUGGGGCUGGAUGCCAAAAAUACAGUGUCUGUUUGGGACUGGAAGAAAGGAAAGGUUCUGGCCACUGCGACAGGACAUUCAGACAGGAUCUUCGAUAUAUCUUGGGAUCCCUUUCAGCAGAACCGGCUGGUGAGCUGUGGGGUAAAACACAUAAAGUUCUGGGCUCUCUGUGGCAAUGCGUUGACGCCCAAACGGGGGAUAUUCGGGAAGACGGGGGAUCUACAGACCAUUUUGUGUGUGGCAUCGGCUAAAGAUGAUGUCACAUACUCUGGGGCGUUGAAUGGGGAUAUCUACGUGUGGAAAGGACUGAACCUUUUGCGCACGGUGCAAGCCGCUCAUGGAGCUGGGAUCUUCAGCAUGUAUGCCUGUGAGGAGGGCUUCGCCACGGGGGGACGUGACGGUUGUGUCAGGCUUUGGGAUCUGGACUUCAAGCCUAUCACCAAGAUCGACCUUCGGGAGGCUGAGCAGGGGUAUAAAGGGCUGUCUAUCCGUAGUGUGUGUUGGAGGGCAGACCGUAUCCUGGCGGGGACGCAGGACAGUGAGAUCUUUGAGGUGAUGGUUCGGGACAGAGACAAGCCUCUGCUCAUCAUGCAGGGUCACUGUGAGGGAGAGCUCUGGGCUCUGGACGUCCACCCCAAGAAACCACUUGCUGUGACCGGCAGUGAUGACCGAUCUGUCCGGUUGUGGAGCCUGGCAGACCAUGCCCUGAUAGCUCGCUGUAACAUGGAGGAGGCAGUCCGCAGUGUGGCCUUCAGCAACGAUGGCUCUCAGCUCGCUCUGGGCAUGAAGGAUGGCUCCUUCACUGUGCUCCGAGUCAGGGACAUGACGGAGGUGGUGCACAUUAAAGACAGGAAGGAGGUGAUCCAUGAGAUGAAGUUCUCUCCGGAUGGCAGCUACUUGGCCGUGGGCUCCAAUGACGGCCUGGUGGAUGUGUACGCCGUGGCACAGCGCUACAAGAAGGUGGGCGAGUGCAACAAGUCCUCCAGCUUCAUCACCCACCUGGACUGGUCCAUCGACAGCAAGUUCCUCCAGAGCAACGAUGGUGCGGGUGAACGCCUCUUCUACAGGAUGCCAAUUGGGAAGCACCUGACCACUAAGGAGGAGGUAAAAGGGAUCCACUGGAGCUCGUGGACAAGUGUGAUUGGUCCCGAGGUGAGUGGGAUCUGGCCCAAGUACACCAACAUCAGUGACGUCAACUCUGUGGACGCCAACUACAGCAGUGCUGUGCUGGUUACUGGAGACGACUUUGGUCUGGUCAAACUGUUCCGCUUCCCCUGCCUAAAGAAAGGGGCAAAAUUCAAGAAGUACAUUGGCCACUCUGCCCACGUGACCAACGUACACUGGUCUCACGACCUGCAGUGGGUGUUGACCACCGGAGGGGCUGACCACUCUGUGUUCCAGUGGAAGUUCCUACCCGAGGGCGUCAUGAACGGAGGACUGGAGACCAAUAUACCACAAGAUGGCCAUGCAGACUCGAACAGUGAGGAGUCUGACUCUGACGUGUCUGAUGUCCCGGAGCUGGACUCUGAUAUUGAGCAGGAGACACAGAUCAACUACGACCGACAGGUGUAUAAGGAGGACCUUCCCCAGCUGAGGCAGCAGAGCAGAGAGAAGAAGCAGCAGGUCGGCUCCCUGAAACGCCAGAGAGGGCCAGAUGAAGCUCUUCGUCUGAAGUUUGUCCACGGGUACCGCGGCUACGACUGCAGGAACAACCUGUUCUACACCCAGGCGGGGGAGGUGGUGUACCAUGUGGCAGCGGUGGGCGUGGUCUACAACAGAGAGCAACACAGUCAGAGGUUUUACCUGGGCCACGAUGAUGACAUCAUCAGCCUGACUGUACACCCACUCAAAGACUAUGCAGCCACUGGACAGGUUGGCAGGGACCCAGCCAUCCAUGUGUGGGACAUCCAAACCCUGAAGUGCUUCUCCCUGCUCAGGGGCUUUCACCAGAAAGGCGUUUGUGCCCUUGAUUUCUCUGCGGAUGGGAAGAGCCUGGUCUCAGUGGGCAUUGAUGAACACCACUCUAUCAUCGUGUGGGAUUGGAGGAAGGGGGAGAAGCUGGCCACCGCAAGGGGACACAAAGACAAGCUGUUUGUGGUGAAGUGUAAUCCUAUCCUCAUGGACAAGCUGGUCACAGUGGGAAUCAAACACAUCAAGUUCUGGCAGCAUACAGGUGGAGGCCUUAUGUUCAAGCGAGGCAUCUUUGGGAGCCUGGGGAAGCUGGAGACGAUGAUGUCCGUGUGUUAUGGUCGGACAGACGAGCUGGUAUUCUCUGGAGCCGCCACAGGGGACAUAUAUGUCUGGAAGGAACCCAUGCUGCUGAAGACCAUCAAGGCCCACGACGGACCUGUGUUCGCCAUGUACUCCCUGGACAAGGGCUUUGUGACAGGUGGGAAGGACGGAGUGGUGGAGUUGUGGGACGACAUGUUUGAGAGGUGCCUAAAGACCUACGCCAUCAAGAGAGCAGCUCUCUCCCCGGGAUCUAAAGGGCUACUCCUGGAGGACAACCCCUCCAUCCGUGCCAUAACUCUGGGACACGGACACAUCCUGGUGGGAACCAAGAACGGAGAAAUACUUGAAAUCGACAAGAGUGGACCCAUGACCUUGCUGGUCCAGGGUCACAUGGAAGGGGAGGUGUGGGGUCUUGCUGCUCACCCCCUGCUCCCCAUAUGUGCCACAGUGAGUGACGACAAAACACUGAGGAUAUGGGAGCUCUCCACCAACCACCGCAUGGUGGCCGUUCGCAAACUUAAAAAAGGUGGAAGAUGCUGUGCCUUCUCCCCUGAUGGGAAAGCCUUAGCGGUGGGCCUCAAUGAUGGUAGUUUUCUGGUGGUGAACUCUGACACCCUGGAGGACCUGGUGUCCUUCCAUCACAGGAAGGAGUCCAUCUCUGACGUCAGGUUUUCACAAGAUGCUGGUAAAUACCUCGCUGUGGCCUCUCAUGAUAACUUUGUGGAUAUUUACAAUGUGCUGUCCAGCAAGAGGGUGGGAAUCUGCAAAGGAGCUUCCAGCUAUAUCACUCAUAUAGACUGGGACUCUCGUGGUAAAUUGCUGCAAGUAAAUUCAGGUGCCAAAGAGCAAUUAUUCUUUGAAGCCCCAAGAGGGAAGAGACAAACCAUACGAAAUGCUGAGAUAGAGAAGGUGGAGUGGGCUACCUGGACGUGUGUUCUGGGCCCCACCUGUGAGGGGAUCUGGCCCACCCACAGUGACAUCACAGACGUCAACGCUGCCUCGCUCACCAAAGACAAGAAGCUGCUUGCUACGGGAGAUGACUUUGGCUUCCUCAAGCUCUUCAGCUAUCCAGCCAGGGGUCAGUAUGCCCGCUUCAAGAAGUACAUGGGUCACAGUGCCCAUGUAACCAAUGUUCGAUGGGGACAAGAUGAUGCCAUGCUACUGACACUCGGCGGAGCUGACACAGCGCUGAUGAUCUGGGCCCUGGAGAGAACCGGAGAGGGUCACAGGGAGAACCCUGUGGACAGUGAGGAGUCAGACGAUGACAUUGAGGAGGACGGAGGGUAUGACAGUGAUGUGGCGAGGGAGAAGAGCAUUGACUACACCACUAAGAUCUAUGCUGUCAGCAUCCGGGACAUGUGUGGCAUCAAACCCCACCAGCAAUUGAAGGAGGUGUCGGCAGAGGAAAGGCAGGGCAUUGUCAAGCCUCCUGUUAGCCGAGCUGCUCCCCAACCAGAGAAGCUACAAAAGAACAAUAUCACCAAAAAGAAGAAGCUUGUUGAGGACCUGGUGCUGGACCACGUGUUUGGGUUCAGGGGCUUUGAUUGUCGCAACAACCUUCACUACCUCAACGACGGCGCCGACAUUGUCUUCCACACAGCAGCCACGGCUAUGGUGCACAGCCUCACCACCGGGACUCAGAGUUUCUACUUGGAACAUACAGAUGAUAUCCUCUGUUUGACCGUCAAUCAACAUCCAAAAUACAAAAAUGUCAUCGCUACAGGACAGAUUGGUGAAGUGACAGACCUACCAGGCACCACCCCCUCCAUCCACGUGUGGGACGCAAUGAGUAAACAGACACUGUCCAUCCUGCGCUGCUCUCACACUAAGGGGGUGGGCUACGUCAACUUCAGCGCCACAGGCAAGCUGCUGCUCUCUGUGGGGGUGGAGCCUGAACACACCAUCACUGUGUGGCGCUGGCAGGAAGGUGCUAAAGUGACCAGUAAAGGAGGCCAUCCAGACAGGAUCUUCGUAGUGGAGUUCCGGCCAGACUCUGAUUCUCAGUUUGUGUCUGUUGGCAUCAAACACAUCAAGUUCUGGACACUGGCUGGAGGCUCUCUCAUGUAUAAAAAGGGAGUUGUGGGCUCAGUGGAGGACGGCAGGAUGCAGACCAUGUUGUCUGUGGCCUUCGGUGCUAAUAACCUAACAUUCACAGGUGCCAUAAACGGGGAUGUGUACGUGUGGAGAGAUCACUUCCUGCUUCGUGUCGUGGCUAAAGCCCACACCGGGCCAGUGUUCACCAUGUACACCACACUGAGAGACGGCCUCAUCGUCACAGGGGGCAAGGAGAGGCCUACAAAGGAGGGCGGUGCAGUGAAAUUGUGGGACCAGGAGAUGAAACGUUGCCGAGCGUUCCAGCUUGAGACGGGACAGACUGUUGAGUGUGUGAGGUCCGUUUGUCGAGGCAAGGGUAAGAUAUUGGUAGGCACAAAGGAUGGUGAGAUCAUUGAGGUGGGGGAGAAGAACGCUGCGUCCAACAUCCUGAUCAACAGUCACAUGCAGGGCGAGAUCUGGGGCCUGGCCACCCACCCCUCUAAAGACCUGUUCAUCUCCGCCAGUGACGACGGAACCAUCCGCAUAUGGGACCUGGCCGACAAGAAACUGCUGAACAAAGUGAGCCUGGGCCACCCAGCCAAGUGUGCCAGCUACAGUCCUGAUGGGGAGAUGGUGUCUGUGGGCAUGAACAAUGGGGAGUUCAUCAUCCUCCUCACCAACUCACUUAAGAUGUGGGCCAAGAAACGAGACCGCAGUGCUGCCAUACAGGACAUCAGGUUCAGUCCAGACAAACACCUCCUGGCAGUGGGCUCAGUGGAGAGUACGGUUGACCUCUACGACCUUACCUUGGGCCCCUCGCUAAACCGCGUGGGCUACUGUAAGGACAUCUCCAGCUUUGUUAUCCAGAUGGACUUCUCUGCAGACAGCAUGUUCAUUGAGGUGUCCACAGGAAACUAUAAGCGCCAGGUGCAUGAGAUGCCUACUGGGAAAAUUGUGACAGAACAGACUGUGAUUGACAGGAUCACCUGGGCCACCUGGACCAGUAUCCUGGGAGAUGAGGUGCUGGGGAUCUGGCCACGGAAUGCUGAUAAGGCUGACGUCAACUGUGCCUGUGUCUCCCACACCGGACUCAACGUGGUCACCGGGGAUGACUUUGGGCUGGUCAAGCUCUUUGACUUCCCAUGCACUGAGAAAUUUGCCAAACACAAGCGAUACUUUGGGCACUCGGCACACGUGACCAACAUUCGCUUCUCCUAUGAUGAUAAAUAUGUGAUCAGCACUGGAGGACAUGACUCCAGUGUCUUUGUGUGGAAAUGCCUAUAAAUCAGAGUCUUUUCUCCACAACCAUGCAUUCAGACUCCUUAGCCUAACGCACUAAGUCUUGGAUUCUGACAAGAAUGCAGCCAGGAUCCCAACGCCUCAAGUGUCUGGCUACGGUCAAUAUUUUGCCUGACAUGCUGCAACUAUGUCUCCCCAUCCACCUGUGGGGGAGAAUGGGGUGCAAUACGCUAAUCACUGUAGUAACGAUUCAAGUCUAAGCAUUAGGCAGAGCAGGUAGCUCUUUUUCUAACAGGAAAUUACUUUGAAGCAGAUUUUUUGCCACUAGAAAAUGGUGGAUUUUCUGUCUAAACAAGAAAUUACCAUUUGUGUUUACAUUCUCAUCUGCUUGUAAUGAAGGACACAUGAAAAUAGGUUGCCACGCCAGCUAUUGAUUUAUAGUUAAACCAUUGAUAAUGGUUGGGAUUCAAUCCGAUUGUGUAUUGUCGACAAGGGGGCUCUUAAAGGCAAUGUUCCCACGCUUGCGGAGAUUUCAUUCACAGUAAACGCUGCAAAUGUCAGCUCAAUCUGAAAUUACCUUUAAAACCUCAAGUCUAAACCCUGUCUAAGCCGGGGGGGGGGGAGAUAACACAUGGAAUUUUUUAACAUGGUAAUACCAAUGAUUAUUUAGCUAUUAGAUUUGUAAUUUUAAGACCCAUUAAAGUAUCAAAACAAUAUAUAUAUAAAAUUGGAUGAAACAUUGACUUUGGCAUUACUGCUAUUUGCCAAUAGAAACACAUUUAAUAACAGAUUCACGACAUGGAACAACAAAUAGUCCCCAAAAAAUCUAAAGGAAGAUUGUUUUGAAAUGUCUGCCCAAAAUCUGAGAGAUAAGAAAGAUCAGGAAACUAUUUAUAUUAUUUUUAAAAAUGUACAUGUAUUUAUCCCCCUUAGUUUAGUGCCUAAAAUAUCUUCAUAUACACUUCCAUUCAUCUUUGUAACUGGUACCGGGGUCCUUCAGACGAGUCUUGUGAGCAUCCUAAAGCAAAACGGAGAAUACCAUCCUGUGAGUCUCAUCCUUCAAUAGAGUGGUCAUAAUAGUUUGUAGGCCAAACCGUUCGAACGCUAGACAUUUUCGUUUUGUGAGAAGAAUAAUUUUCGGGAUGUCUCAUGGUCUGACAAAACACUGCUCUAGCUCUGCGACCUUUCACCGCAGAUAGGGAAGGGCGAUGUCGGCGGAUGCGGUGGAUUGAGACGCAACGAAUGCAAAAAAACAUCUAGUUUAAACAGACGGAUUUUGAUGGGGAUUUUAUGUUAGUAAGAUUUCCACAGGGCGCAGAAAUUGUAGGCUAAGGGUUACAUGUUGCAUUGUCAACAGCGCUUCAAGAAUUGAAUCCCAGCCAAUGUAGAGCAAAAAAUAAGUUGUUUUCCCAUAACUUAUUUGAAAGAGCCUUUUCCAUUGUUGAACAUUAUCAAACUUAAGUGCCUUUAUGAAUAUUUCUACUGGUCUUAUAUUUUUUUGCAAUUUCAGUUGAAAUAAUUUUGUACAUGUCUGGUGCUAUUAGAUUGUAAACUUUUACUCAUUCAAUAUGCAGAAAAGGGCAUUGCUUUGCUGCUGUUUUAAGUUAAUGCAUAAACAUCCAAAGUAUGAUGACAUGUAAUAUAGUAUGUUAAUAGCUAAUGAAAAUAUUUAAACGUUACUCAGUGAUCUGACGUUAAAUGUUCAGCUUGUGAACGUCACAGACAUGGCAGUGAGCAUUCUUAUUUUGUCAAUGUUACUUACACUUUGUGGAAUAUCUUGGUGAAAUGUUUUUCCAUGUAACCAUAGUGAAAAGAAUGUUCAGAUCUAAUACACUGAAGAAUACUGUUUUAAUCAAGAUUCACUUCCAGUAAGGGAUUUCAGUGGUACUUCAAGGGGUGGCUUUAAGGUGAAGUGAAAUUAGACAGUCUAAGGAGUGACCUGUCACACCAAAGCCGACUAUGCAGUCUUACUCAAGCCCUGGUCAUCUUUCCAUUCUUCUGUGUUCGUCGGCUGUUGAACUCUUUGCCUCACCUUGCUGUAUUUAGUCAGUCAAUCUCACUAACGUUUAGCUAUUGUGGCAGCAAUAUCUCAAUAUUGUUACUAUGUGCAUUCUUUAUAAGUAUGAAUUCAUGUUCCCAGUUAAGUCAUUUUGUUUUUGUACAAGACUGAUUGUCUAGAUAUUGUUUCAUAUUAUUUGUAUCAUAUUGUAAAUUACUCAAAUAAGCUCAAAUGCAUGAAUUUAUUUUUUAAUCAAAAUUACAUCUUUGUAGAGUGAGGCAAAAUUAUUGUAUGAAUGACAAUCAUGGUUGUUUUAUACCAAUUUAUUGUAAGUGUGUGCCAACAUAGAUGUACAAAUGUUACGUAUAUGGAAAGAUUAAACUAAAAUGUAUACAAAAAUCGUAAUCAUUUGUCCAAUGAAAGUUGAAUAGUUAAACGGGGGUAUCACUCAAAAGGCAUAUUGAGCUUCUCUGCCCCCAGUUGAACUUUCGGUGGUGGUUCAUCCUUCGUCAUUUCGUUUUACCUUAAGAUGAAUGCACGGACUGAGUCACUGAAUUAGACCAUCCGCUAAAAUCACUCAAAUGUACAAAAUGUAACUUCAGACUAGGUUGAGACAAUGGCAAUUAUUGUACUGUUAGUAUUUACAAUGUACUAGCAUUCCUACAUGCUAGUUAGAAAAGCAUUGAGUAUACUGUAAAUUCCUAUUCAACAAAAGAUGGUGACAUCCAAGCAUUUGAAACAUGCCCUGGAUAGGAGAAAGGGGUUGUUCAGGCAGCUAUAGUUUCUGCAAGUGUUUGUUUUAACUUUUCUAUACCCUCCAUUACCUACUGAGAAAUAAACACAGUAAUUCAU